AUGAAAACUGUAGUUUUCCUACUCCCCCUUAUAACAAUUUCCCAUGGCUAUCAUCAAAAUCCCACCAACCGCCUCAUCUCUACCAUUCACAGUUAUAUGGAUGUCGAUGCGGAUCCCUGUGAUAAUUUCUAUCAAUAUGCCUGUGGAAAUUGGGAGAGGAUACAUCAAAAUCUUACCAACAAGUAUGUGGAUACAUUUGGCAGCUUGGAUUAUAUUUUCAAUGAGCGAAUGAAAUUUAUAUUGCAUGGUGGACGGAGGAGAGGGCGGCAGCGGAGGCAUAGAAAGGGAAAUUUCGAAAAUAUUGAAAUCUAUCAAAAAGUGCGAAAAUAUUUGGAAAUAUGUGAAGAGCAAAAGGAAUUUGAGGCCGAAUAUUAUUUGGAGAUAUUGAAACCCCUACCUCAGGGUUUGGCGGAGUGGCCGGGAAUGGGAGAAAAAUGGCAAGGAAAGUUUUGGAAUUUUUGGUCCACCCUGGGCCGUUUGCAGGCUGUGGGUUUUAAUGGCUUUCCCCUCCUCCUCGAUAUGAAACAUAUUAACUCCACACAUUUCCAAUUGGAAUUGGAUAAGGUGAAUAUUUUGGGUUAUACAGCCUAUGAACAGAGGAUUGUUGAUCGGCUGGAGGGUUCAUUGAAUCCCCAUUAUCGCCAAUUGGCAGCCGAUAUGGAUGAGGUAUUAAAAUCCCUAGCCAAAUUACAUAAGCAGCACAAUUCCUUCCGGGAAGAACAGCUAAGUUUGGGGGAACUCAUCGAAAAGAUUCCCCAUGCGGAUUUUCAGGAAUUUUUCGAAAAUCUUUUUGGCCUUGAAAGGCGUGAUUUUGAAACGGUGCCCAUUGUCGUGAUGAAUUUGGAUUUUUUCCACGAUUUGGCGGAGAUGCUGCACAGAACCUCACCCUCCACCCUAAUACAUUUGUUGAGAAUAAAAUUCCUUGGCUAUAUGGAAAAACUUCUACCCAAGAAGGAGAAUAACUUACAGUGUUUGCAGCACAUGCGGGAUUUGGUACCCCUGGCCCUGGACUAUAUCUAUGAACAGGAAGUCUAUCGCUAUCAACGAAAUCACACCGAUGAAAUUAUUAAGGGAGUAUUCAACCAAAUGCAGCUGAAAUUUUCGGAGAUUUUACAACAUCACUUGGGAGAAUUUUCCGAGCGGGAAAUUGAGUUUCUCCAGCGGAAAAUCCAUUACAUGAAAUUGAAUAUUGGCAACUUACCCCAAACCAAGAGGGGGGAGAAUUUUUAUACGGAAUAUUUUCGUAAUUGGCACGUCGUGGAUGAUGAUUUCUAUUGGAACCACAUGAAUGCCCUGCAGCAUUACUAUAGGCAAAAAUAUCAGAGGCUUUUCCUGAAAGGAUCUACACCCCAUCACACAUUCUUUGUGUGGCCCUAUGGUUCACCGGCCUUUCAACCCAGCGCAAAUUUGAUUGUAAUACCCCAUGCCUAUCUUCGAUUUCCGAUUUUCCAUCCAGGCUUUCAUCCGUUAUUCCUCUAUGCGGAAUUGGGCAACACUUUGGGUCAUGAAAUUAUGCAUGCCUUUGAGAUCAAUGGUUUGGAUUAUGAUGCCUAUGGGAACCCCUCUACCCUACUCAGCUCAAGUCUUGGCGAGAAGCGGGAAUUUGUAAAAUCUCUUCGAUGUUUUGCCCAACAAAAAUCGGCAAGUUUAAAUGAAAAAAUUGCCGAUAUCAGCGGUUUUAAUUUGGCCUAUGCCACAUAUUUUGAACGGAGGCAUCCCAGGCAGCCGGAGGGCUGGUCCACACCUCUUAGCGAUCGGCAAUUAUUUUUUAUAAAAUUUGCCCAAUUUUUUUGUGCCAUAAAUCCACGACGCAUUACCUAUGAUGAGAGUCAUGAUACGCCACAAUAUCGAGUGCCUCAGGUGGUGGCCAAUCAUCGAGAAUUUGAAGAGGUAUUUCAGUGUUCGCCAGGGUCUACAAAGCGUCGUGUAAUUUUAGAGAAAUGUAAUUUGUGGUAA